GCGCCAAAGCUCAAGACGUACCGUUUAGGUCCGCCUUCACGCCACACAUUCACGUGGGGGUUGCAGAGCAGACCAUCUUAUCUUGUUCCUUGCCCUCCUUCCGUUCAGUGCUUCAGGACAAGGAGGCAGCGAGUGUCCAUUACCUUUCCACAUACAAGCGGAAGACUCAGCAAGAGCAAAGCUCAAUACUCUUCCGUAAGGGCGAACUGCAGCAAUUGUAGCGACUGUCUCCUAUCGCGGACAGUCGUUGGGAGCGAGCGCCUCCGAGGUUUCGGAAGAGUCCGCAACUUCUCGCAUCAGUCAUCAUGAGCCCUGUCUCAACCUCUCACACUGCAAUGUCUCCAUCAUCAUCCUCAUCCUCGGUUGCUCUUCCUUCUACACAUCGUGACUUGAGAGCUCUGCCUCUGGAGAUUCUGGAUAAGAUUGGCUACUUCACUGCUCUGGCCGCAAAUCCUCCCUCCUCCUCCUCCUCCUCCUCAUCGUCUGCCACGACCUCAUACGCAGCACCGCCACCCCAAGCUCUGCGCGAUCUCCUUCUGACGUGUAGGCAUGUGAACGAUCACCUCAGCGUCAGUGCCAAUCCGCGACUGUAUGCACGCAUCUUCAAGGCCAAAUUCGACCUGGAACCAAUAGCGAGAAGGUACGGCAGGAAGGCUACAACGGUCGAGAACCUCGCCGGCGAGCUGAGGAGGAGAUGUGUGAUACUCAAGAGGAUCAGGUGGGCUGUGGCAGUAGGGCAGCUCAGACCAGAAGGGGAGACUGCGCUGAGCGAGAUUGAGCUCAAAGAGAAUAUGUGGCUGGCGUAUCUGAUGAUGACAGAAAAUGAUGGAAAGAACCUCGAAGCUCUCUACUGGGCAGACAUCCGCUCCUACCUCUCACUCCACCAUACCCAAGAGAUGAUUCGCUCUGCGCUUCAACCUGGAUACCCACCUGAGUCAGAAGACCGAGCGCUAGCAAUGCACAUCAGCCAUCUGCUGUCAGAUGCAAAUCUCUUGGCUACAGAGAGUAAAGAGGAUGCGGACGAGAAGUUGUUCGUCCUCCGGCCUUACGUAUUUGCUAGCCACAGAUUUAAUGGCUUUUACGCCCCCUGGCCUCUGCGCAGCCUCCCAAUAGGAACCGAAUCUCCUUUGACAAUUGCAGAGAGCACCGCUUCAGCAUCAGGGCAGACUCUCCUUGAGAGAAACCGGGGCGCUCCAGUCCCCAUGCCAGCAGCAGCUGAGGGGCAAAGCUCCACUGCGCCCCGGGCCACCCCUGGCGCCCCGACAAAUCCUUUCCUGGCCGAUCACACGCCAGAGGACCGGUCGACCCUUGUCCAUCAUGUUGGCCAGACGCUCACCAUCCGGCCGCCUUGCAUCGUACAUGCUGCCUACCACCUCUUCUUUGGGCAAGUGGAAAGGAACCCUGGCCUCGUCGGACUUACUGCUAUCACCCGUAGGCAUCCACCUCCGGGCUCUGGAGCAACCGGAGCUACAGACAACAACGCAGAUGAUCCCGCUCUACAGCCUUCCACAUUAGCAGGACCACUUCGGCAGCUUCACGCCGAUCCCAUGAGACUGAGGUCUGCCGAUCACGACCGCGAUGUUGCGCGGUUGCUCUACUGUCAUUCGCCGAUGCGUGGCCCUGGCCUCAAGCCCUGCUUCUUUGCAGGCAUCAUUGAUGGAGCCUGGGAGGGUCGCUUUAGCUUCUUUUGCUUUGACAGCUACCGAGAGAUGCUCGCAGGCAGGAUGAGAUCACUAUACGAGGGACCCUUUGGCGAGCAGCCCCAAGUGUGGAAGCUCAGAGAACACUUCCUCCGAGUUGAUGAGAGCGCGGCUUUCCUACCGAUGAGCCCUUUGAGGACACUCUGGCACUUCCCCGUAGUGUAAAGGAGCUUCACGAGCGCGAGCGCGAAGUGGCUGGCACUUCGGGCAAGCGAAGGGGCUCCACUUCAAAUCAUAGCGAGGCAAGAAGGGAGCCGCCCGCAAAGGGCAGUCUCAGGGCACAAGGGGGACGUCAGCCGAUCCCCAUGAUGAUGAACGACAAGUACUCGGAGGUCUUGCGGGCCGUUCAGCAUGACGAUGUGAUCCCUCCCGACAUGGGCCUCUAUCCACAAUUUUCGGAAGAAGACGGAGGCCCAGCGGCAGGGUACGGCUACCUUCCUUCGCCGCCGCCAGGCUCACGUUCUCAUUCACUUGCUCGAAGGGGAGAUGAAGAUGAGAAUGCAGAGGUGGACGGAGGACGCUACGAGAUGCUCGUCUCUGGGUCUGGACACUCAGCCUGGGGAUCCUUUGUCCUCCGUGGGCGCAUUCG